AGACCUACUCUUUAUACACUGUAAAAAAACAUGGACCAGCACAUCUCUGACCCAUUCCAGUGUUACCUCAAGAAUCUGGACUUACAGACUCUACACAAGUAUGUGAGUGGGCUCUUAAAGCAUGAAGUUUUCCUUGUCGGACACAAGAGGAUGAGACCCAGGAGGCAGGGCAUGCAAAAAUAGGCCAUGAAAACCACAGUGUAAAGUUUACAACAUAAUCACACAUGAAGCAAAGGCACCAACUUAUUGCAUUUCAAUUAAUUCUACAUCUGCGCAGUCAGAUUUGCAGACAAAAUUGUUGAAAAAUCGUUUCUCACUUCAUCCUAGGAUGGUUUUAUUCACCCUGUUGUGUGUCUCUUUUAGGUUCCCACCAGCUGCACAACGUAAACAUCACUCCCUGUCCAUGUGCACAGAGUGAAAUACUUCUCCUUGCAUUCUCACAUUGAGACCUAUGCUGUAAUUAUCGUUUCGGUGAGUAACACUGUGUGAUAGAAACAGGUCUCAAAGUUUGCAUCAACAAGAUUCAAUUCCAGUUCACCGUCACAAUCCACAUUGAGUGUAGUAGUAGCUACCCUUAGCGACAUGAUGUGUCUUGCAUAAGCAUACAUUUUUUUUAAGAACUGCUGCUGGAACCAGUUUAAGGUUACACAUGGUGCAUAAUUAUUUGAGUGGCCCUGACAUUUUAAGAUUGUUUUGAACUCAAAUUUUUUCCCUUUUUUUUCUUUUUUCUUUUACAGGAUAAUCAAACAGUUAAGCACUUUUGGUACCAGUUAACAUUUUCACUUCAUUCAAGAUUCCCUUCAUUCCCAUAUCAUUGACAAAAUGACAGUCAUCCUGAACUGCACGAACUGAACCUGCUCCACUAUUUCUGGAAGGCAGCACAGAACGUAUGUACUAACCUGCUUCUCAGGUUGCUCAGACACUUACAUUACAUGUUGCUAUUACGUAUACAGACUGAGUAGUGCACAUCUGAAUUUCACUGUCCCCAUAGAUUAGUUUUAAUUUCACACCCUUCACUGAAGAUCUUCAUCUGAAGAGCAACUAGGGUUUCUACUGUUAUAUAAGAAACAAAUACAUUCAAACUUUUUUGAAUAACUUCUUCUUUAGUUAUCAUCUUUCUUUGUGUUGACUGCACUAUGGCUGGUUUUGCACCUUCAGCCUUUAUACAGUCACAAUUCAGAAAUCAGAAAAGCUUGUAUUGUCUCAGUGAGGUUUGAUAAAUGACAACAACGGGUGCAGGAAGGGAAAAAAAGAUGUAAUUAUAAUGAAAUAUGGUAGAUUAUUAAUAGAUAGUUUUCCUAUUUAUAUGUAAUUCAAACUGUCAAACUUUCAAUCAUAAAUAAGGUGUUAAAAUGGGAGUGUUUUGCAAUCACUGAAAUGCUUGCUCACCUCUUUCAUUGGUGAAGUGAUGGUGGCCUUUAUGGACAAGAAGUUCCUGUGAUGAUAAGUGUGAUCCUCCAUUUGUCAAGUUUUCCAUCACUCUUCUCAAUACAAACUCUUUCAAGUUCUCCUCUUCUUCUUCUUCUUCAAUCAAUCAAUCAACGUCAACAUUUUUUUUGCUAUUCCUCACAAUUAAUAGUAACCAAUUCUGUUUUCUCUUAAAACGCUUAUCACCAAAUUUUGCAUGUCCACCCUAUACUUUUCAGGAUACCAUGUUAUUUGAAAUUAUGUGAUUUUCCUUGUUUUCAAGGAAAAUUACUGUUCUACCUUCUGAAUUGUUUACAGUAUUGUGUUACAAAAUGCAAUACUACCUUACAAUACUGUCUUACUGCAGUUAGCAAAUAUAAGUCCCUGGUAUUCUUUUAUGGAGACUGAGACUUAACAGGUUUGAUUCUCACUGUAGGUUGUGUGCCACUAUGUGAAGCCUCAGCUGUGGGACCUUGGAUGAAAUCUGUAUCAUCGCAGCCAUACAACAUAUUGACUCAGUUUACCUUGCACCUUAACCUACUUCUGAUUUAGAACUGGCAGUAGCUUUCGUCGUUGAAGUCAUGUGAAAUAAAAGUAUGAAGUGAGCUGUUACUUCAUCUCUUUUUUCUGCAGUAGCUGCCAAGUGUCUGCAUAAUACCGAGCUAUGGAUAUGCCUGACCUGUAUCAUCAAAUAAGGCUUAAAUGUUACAGUGGAAGAGAGGGGAUGUGUAACAUAAUACAAGGGAAUGAUUUCCUUUCAUUUUAAAUAUUUUCUAUUUAAGUGAACCAAUAGAAACCUUUACAGAAUGAGAAUAUGGUGUAAUUAAAACAUGGCAUUGGCACUGUAUUUGUUCAUUUAUUUUUCUGUUCGCAAAACUGUGAGUACAGCGUGGAUUUUUUUGUGAAGACCUUAUCCACGUCAAACACAGCAAAUACUGCUGGUCAUUCAGACUUUGUCUAAUUCUCUUUGGAGGCAUCAAAACAUACAGGUGCAUCUCAAUAAAUUAGAAUAUCAGCAAUAAGUUGAUUUAUUUCAGUAAAACAAUUUAAAGAUUGAAACUCAUAAAUUAUAAAGAUUCAUCACACACAGACUGAUUCAAGAGACUAUUUCAAGUAUUUAUUUCUUUGACAGUGAUGAAAGUGACAAUUACAUGGACAGAUUCAUGUUAUAUCAGCCCCUAUGCAUUAUUUGUAUCCUCACUUUACUACCUGUGACAUGGACACAGUAUUAAAUAUUGGUAGCAAACACUAGUCACUCACCACAACACCUGCACUGCUCUCUGAUGGGUCUCAGUGCUCCUCAACUGAAAUGUCAUGUAGCUGUUAUUUUUUCCAGUCCUGUCCUGUCCCUGCUCUCUUUGGCUUCUGGCUCAUAAUUAUAAGCUUGUGGUCCAUUCCAUGCAGAUAAAUGAACAUUUUCUACCUCUUUAUUGACAAGACUGGCAUUUAGAACCAUAUAAUUACUGGACAUGGACUCCCCCUCAUCACAGCAUGUGAUUGUCGCUUGUCCAUUUUGACACAGAAGUAGAUGACUUGCAAAAAUGACUCAAGAAGUUACCAUAUUAUGUCAUGUAUUCUCUCUUUUUUUUUUUUUUUUCUCAAUUCAUCAACUUAAAGAAUCACUUCCCUACUUAUCGAUUCACUGCAAGUUGCUCUGUAGGUGGGGCAUGGCCAACCCCAGCUCGCCCAUGCAUCAGCCCUCUUUACAUAUUUCAGUCUGUUUUGUGAUUCUGUUUUUAUUUGAACCUAGAUGGAAUUGUUUGUUUUGGAAUUGACAUGUUGAUUUUCAAAUCCCAGAACGAGCUCAGAUAGUAUGUUAAAGGGUACAGUCAGUCCAGUUCAUAAACACUUCAGGAGAGUACCUACAGUACCUACCUACAUUUGAUUUGGAGUUAGAGAACUAACAAAAUCAACCAGAAUGUUUUUGCUACGUUGUUUUCGAGCGAGGGUCAGUAUUUACUUAUCAAUUUACUUAUCUUAGCCUUUACUUAUAUUUUUUUAUUUCAUUUAUUUAUUUAUUGGAGUGGUAUUUUACUUUAUAAACUCAGUUCAGAAGUCGAUAUUUUACAUUUUUAUGUUAAAAUUUAACUAAAUGUUCUUGUUUUCAUCAGAAUAAAGUCGACCUUAACAAAGAUGCUGCUACCAAAGGUCCAGUCUUAGCAGAGCCAAAGAAGAGGCCGUGGAUUAAAACUCUCUUUGGUUUCUGUCAGGUGUGUUUGGCAGACCAUGUCUUUAUGGCUUUAUGUUUGUAUAUGUUUAUUGACUGUUACAUUUCUUAUUUAUUUGUUUAUUCUAAUCUAUUUAAUCUGGAAAAAAAAUCAUUAAGAUCAAUUACUUCAUUUUCAAGAGUGCCCUGACCGAGAUAGGCAACAGCUAAAUUAACAGAGUCAAAGACAUAAAACAGAACAAAUAUAAACACAGGUUAACAUAUCCUGAGCCACAGCACACAAAGUCUUUGAUUAAACAUCUCCAAUCAGAGACACCAUCCUCCAAUGCCUUCAAUUUAUAUUUAAAAAGAUUAUAAAGAUACUAGUUUCCCAAGAUGUAGAGUCUUGAUCAUACAGAACAAAAUAAAGAAAAAGAGCUUUAUUGAACCUCAAAGGGACAUUCAGUAAGUUAAAGACUUCAAAUUUAUCAUAAACCUCAGCAUGGUGAACAGUAUCCAAAGAUUAAAAUAAUAAUUCUAAUACAUUUUUAUAUAACAUUUUUCAUGACACUCAAAGACACUUAAUAAGGAAAAAACACAGUAGUAAAUAAACACAGUAAAAAAUAGUAAAAUCAGAUUUAAAAAACAGGCUCAAGUACAAUUGCAUCAACAAUUGAAGGCGUUGGUGAGAUGUAUGCAUGUACAGAACAUCACCAUAAACAAUCAGAGGCAUAAAAGUGGCAGUAAUAAGUUGUUUCAUAGCCAUAAAUAAAAAAAGGAUCCUAUUUUUGAAAUCAAAACCCAGACACAAUUUAAACUUCUCUUCAAGUUGCUCAUUAUGAAGCUGAAAAGUCAGAGAAUCAUCUAUCAAGAAUAUUUACAAGAUGAUAGAGGCUCAAUUACAUCCCUCUGUGAUGUUAAUAUUAGUUAUUGUAAUUUUACAUAAUUAUGAUAAAGUGUGAUUGUUUCUCAUUUUACUCCACAGAAGAAAGAAAGUAAGCUAGAAGAUCCCAUAUCAGACAGAUCUUCAGCUAAGAAGACAAGUUGUUGGCGUCGCUUACUUGGGGUAUGUUUCAGAAAGCCAAAAAAGAAAAAAGAAAAAUUACUAUAAUGAGUUCACAAAAGUGACCUUUCAGAACUAAAACUAUACUAAUUUAUCUCUGCAUGAACUCUAACGGAUUUUCUUAAACCCCACAGAAAAAGAAACGAGUUGCUCCAGGACCCUACAACAGCAAACAGGUGGAAUGUGAAACAAGGUAAAGUAUCAACACAUGCUGUUUUCAGCGUUUGUCAGACACAAAGUCAACUCAAACGACUCAAAUACCACCCCACCAUUAACUUAUAAUUUACCAUCACACCUCAAAUAUAUACUGAAGUAAUUCAAGUGACAAAAACACAAACUUUGAAUUGUUGCCCAGACACGGCUGCCAGAAGCAUCAGUGAAAACUUUAAACACUUUAAACGUUAGCUCUCACAUCCUCUUUCAUUUUUGCUUAAAGUGUGUUUGUGUUAUCUUUUCUCUCUGUAGGAAAAAUUUAGAAUUCAGCGAUAUUGCAAGGCAGAGCGCCAGCGCUGUGGACCAUUAUGGGUAAGUACAUCUACAACAGCACAGAAGUCCUGAUAUGAUUCCUUUACAAAGGAGCUCAACUCUAUGAUUGGUCCGUCAAAAGUUUUGAUGCUGACAUGAAUUUUAACUAAUUGUGUUUGUGCCACAGGUUUCCAAAUAUCAGACAGAGCUGCUAUAUGAACUCUUGCCUGCAGAGUUUCUUAACACUGGAGCAGUUUGUUCAGGACAUCAGCCGUCAGGAAGAAGUGGAAUUCAGCCCCUCGAGCCAAAUUGAUGAGGUACUAUAGCUACAAACUCUCAGACUUCAUACACAGUCAUGUCACUCUCAGAUGUCUCCACAAACAUUCAGAAGAAAGUGAACCAACAUAUUAACUCUUUUCUAUUCUUCUCUGCAGACAUUUCAUGGCUCUGAGGGAUGUUCAUUUGUCAACGGACCGGCAAACUAAAGGACGUCUUCUGCAAUCGUUCAAGAAGGCGUUCUCUGAUCAGGAACCCCAAUUCAGGGAUGACCAACAAAAAGUAUGUAAUCUAGAUACAUGUCUUAUUCUUUCACCUCCUAAUGAUACUUUUUUUUGCUGCAUAUAAAUACUAUUGUCUGUGUUUCUCUGUGUUUAGGAUGCUCACGAGUUCCUGACUACAGUCCUCAACCAAAUUAGUAGUCCGGCUUCUUCACUGACAGAAACCGCAGCCAGAAAUUCCAGGACAUACACCUGCCCUGUAGAGGACAAUAUGGCAUUUAAGAUGAAGAGCACCAGGACCUGCAAGAGGUACAAUUUUGGAGUAAAAAUAUCACAUAUGCACAAUUUGUAUCUACUUGAAUGUCAGGGCAUUAAAACUAUCUCAUCAAAUUUAGUCUAUUAAAGAAAAAAUAUAGUAGUAAUAUAUAAUAAUAAUUUUUUAACUGCUAAAAGACAAGAUUGCUGUCCUCCAAUGUCGUGUUUAGCCCAACAAAUUUAAAAGUUGAAUUAACAGAAAAUGAGAAAAAAGAAUCUUAACUUCAUAUAGAAGGUGCUGAAAUAAUCAAAAUGAACAAUGUUCCUUGAAUUUGCAGUUGUGGAGAUCAGUCCAGAAGAACAGAAGAGUUUACCAACCUGUCACUAAAUCUGGUUCCUGGAAGUACAGUGGAAAACAUGAUUGAAGAUUACCUGACAGUAAGUCUAACCCGAGUUUAAUCAUAGCAUCACCACCAGAAUACUCACAGGGUUUUAAAGCUGUUUGUUUUUAGGCUUGAUAAAGUUAAUAAUACACUUUUUGUGUCUGAUCUGCAGGAAACAGAGUUGGAGUAUAAAUGCAGUUGUGGAGGAAACACAUCAAGAAUGAGGGUGGAGUUUGAGACAAUGCCAAGGUGAGACAUCACAUCCAUCACAGAUGAGCUUACUCAUGUUCUGAGAAGUUCCCAAACUUGACUUCUUUAUCUCUGUGAUCUUUUACACACAUUACAGUCCAACAGCGUGAUCAUGUUUUCAACAAUCUUUUUGUUUCCGCCUUUCCAGAGUGCUCAUCCUACACCUGAAGCGUUUCUGUUACACUUCAUCUUAUGAGCUGAUGAAGAUACACCAGCCCGUCGAGCUCUCUAGGGAUCUAGUGAUAUCUUCAAAACAGGUAUGGAAAAAGAAGUCUGAGGUCAAAAUGAAAAGAUUCUUAUGUAAAAGGGUUAAGGUGAAAGCUAACUCAAAUUAUGUGUGUUUUCUUUCAGGGAGGCAGAUGUUACAGCCUCUGUAGCACCAUCAGCCAUUUAGGUUACUCAGGAGAAGAAGGUAAGAUAAUCACACUCUGAAGGGCUGCUCCUCACAUCAUUUGUUUGAAACAUUUCAGAAAUAUUGGGGUCUCUCUGUGGCAGAACUAAAUCAUAACGUGGCCCCUUAUUCAAUUAAGCAGUUUUACGUCAACUUUCUUUGCUGUCUUCAUAGUUUUUCUUAAUGACUCUGAUUGUACCAGGUUAGCACCAUGCUGGGCUGAACCAAACCACACCACUUGGUGGAAACACAUCAUAAGUUUAGGUGAAAUAACCAACACAACAAUCUCUCUCCUCUCAGGACACUACAUCUGUGACAGCAUUGAUCAGGAGGAUGAUCCAAACCAGCCAACUGACCACUGGCUCACCUUCAAUGAUUCAAAGGUCACCAAGACAACCGGGUGGUCCGUGUGCGAGCGGCGGCAGAGGGCAGCCUACAUCCUGUUCUACACCAGACAAGUAUGAAUACAAAACUGUUCACAUUAAGAGGAGGAGGGAGGGCAUGAAAGCCAUCCACUGUGUUUUCACUGUCAGUGUUUUUUCUGUAUUUUCAGGAUUAGAGCAGGAGGUGAAAUGUGGGACAUCUUGGAGGGGGGUUUGGACCAAAAGCCCAAGAUCCAGAGGACACAAGAAGAGCAAUACCAGGGAGACAAGCUAAGUAAUUUUUCUUUACUUUUAUUUUCUAUACUACUUGCUUUUCCUGGGAUUUUGUUUCUUUUUUUGUGUCUGUAUGUUUCUGCAGGUCUGGAUCAGCAGAUCAUUAACAGAGUCACACACAUCGCUUGUCACGGGUGUGACAAGCGAUGGCCAGAGGUCCAGCCCCCAGGAGGUCCCACAACCCUUAGGAGGAGGGUCACCCCAGAGAGCCUGGUUCCUCUCAAGGUUUCUUCCUCUCAAAGGGAGUUUUUCCUUGCCACUGUUGCCGCAACUCCCUGGACAGAAGGUAGAGAUGAUUCUGUCUGUACCAGGGUUUGGCUUGCUCUCUGGAACAACGGCAAAAAGCAGGAGAAAGACACGAUGAUGAGAAACAGAAGAAGAUGAAAGAGUGAAAUGAACAUAUACAAAUAUACAAGAAAUACAACAAAAAAAAAACUAUUUAAAAAAAAAAAACUAUCUGGGAAUGUAGGACUAUGCUUUAUGUGUCAGUACUUAGCAUUAGAAGUCAUUAUGUUGGCUCGGUGAACAGGAGCCUCAUGAUAUUUUAUAUGCAUGUAUUUUAAGUUAUUUUUUACAGAAGAAGACUUCAAGACCUACACCUCUGACUGAAAGAAGGAAUUUUUUUUUAAUCUGAAUAAUCUACUUACACAAGAUCUGCAAUGAGAUUUAUCAUGCAGUUUGUCCACCAAAAUCAACAAAGAAUUUCAGUAAAGCUUCACCUAAGCAUCAUGUUAAACUUUGAUUAAAAAAAAAACAUAAUCUAUUGGUAGAUCUAGAUAUGAUUACAUUUUUUUCAUAAACCAAGUUGUCCAAGUAGCAGAUCAUCAACAGUCUGCAUGUCCUCACUGACCACUAUUACACUCAAACUGAAUAUCACAUAAAUGAAAAAGAAAUUUCA